AUGUCAGAAAAUGUGGUUUGUACUGGGGCUGUCAAUUCUUUAAAGGAAGUUUGGGAGAAAAGAAUAAAGAAAUACAAUGAAGACCUGAAGCGAGAGAAGGAAUUUCAACAAAAGCUAGUGGGAAUCUGGGAAGAACGAGUGAGCUUAACCAAGCUACGAGAAAAGGUCACCAGGGAAAACGGAAGGGUCAUUUUGAAGAUAGAAAAAGAGGAAUGGAAGACCCUCCCUUCUUCUCUAGUAAAGCUAAAUCAUCUACAGGAAUGGCAACUUCAUAGAACUGGCUUGGUGAAAAUUCCUGAAUUCAUCGGAAGAUUCCAGAACCUUAUUGUGUUAGAUUUAUCUCGAAACACAAUUUCAGACAUACCUCGAGGAAUUGGACUGCUCACUAGACUUCAGGAACUGAUUCUUAGUUACAACAAUAUCAAAACUGUCCCCAAGGAACUAAGUAACUGUGCCAGCUUGGAGAAACUUGAACUUGCUGUUAACAGAGAUAUAUGUGAUCUUCCACAAGAGCUCAGCAAUUUGUUAAAGCUUACGCACCUUGAUUUGAGUAUGAACCACUUUACUACUAUCCCUCCUGCUGUGUUGAACAUGCCUGCCCUUGAGUGGCUUGAUAUGGGAAGCAACAGACUUGAACAACUUCCUGAUACUAUAGAAAGAAUGCAAAGUCUACACACAUUAUGGCUCCAACGGAAUAAAAUAACAUGCUUGCCAGAAACAAUCAGCAAUAUGAAAAAUCUGGGUACUCUUGUUCUCAGCAACAAUAAACUGAAAGAUAUUCCAGUGUACAUGGAAGAGAUGACCAAUCUAAGGUUUGUCAACUUCCGAGACAACCCACUGAAAUUGGAAGUAACACUUCCUCCCUCUGAAAGCAUAGAUGAGGAAGAGGAACGGGAAUUAUUCGGCCUUCAGUUUAUGCACACAUACAUACAGGAGUCACGGAGAGCAGGUAACCAAGUCAACUGCUCUACUACUUUACCAAACUCUAAAUGCUGAUGGAUAAUAUAAUUCAAGAUGUCCUGCUGAAGAGGAUUACU